CAAUCUCUAGAGACUAAAAUAAAUUGAAAGAGAAAUUCCAAAAUUUAAAAAGUCUUUACACAGCACAUUUUAUUCCUCGUUCUCUGGCGGUUUGGUGUCCCACUCUUUCCUAAAUUUUUCCUCUUUCAUACCUAUCUCCCAAAAACGAAGAAAAGAAAAAAGCUUCUUUAUUUUCUUACCUAAUUAACAAAACCAGGAUGGGGGGUUACAGAUCAAAAUCUUAUGCUGAUGAUAGGAUACAGAUGGAUAAACAUUAUGAACCCCAAUUUUCUAAUGAUUUCAGGUCAUACAGUGCUUCCUAUGCAUCUUCUGUUGGUGCACCACCCCUCCCACCACUUCCACCCCAACAGAACAAGCUGAAGAAAGGGAAGAGUACUAGUGGGUCAACUUCAAAGUCGUGGAGUUUCAAUGAUCCUGAGUUCCAGAGGAAGAGGAGGGUUGCUAGUUAUAAAGUAUACUCUGUUGAAGGCAAGGUUAAAGGCUCUUUUAGGAGGAGUUUCAGAUGGCUUAAAGACAAGUAUACACAGGUUCUUUAUGGAUGGAGGUGAUUCGUUCUUGAAGAUUUUUGCACUUGUUUUUGGCAUUGUUAUAGUUGUUUUUGAUUCAUCUAAAAUGUUAUAUAUUUUGUUGUCAAGACAACAUUUUUAAUUUGUACAAGUGGAUUUUCUUCUUGUGAAUGAAUUCCCUUCUUCUUACAUUAAUUAUUAUUAGACUUCAGCCAUAAA